AUAAAACCAUAAUUAGCUUAAGCAUUUCCCCUUAAUUACAUUUACAACACCUCUUCUGCCAUUUGCUUUGCUUUUACUAAGCGCGCGCGCACACACUCUCUCAAUGAAAUCUCAGAUCCAAAGCCUUGCCAUUUCUUGGAUUCUUUUCCUCUCUCUUUUUUCUCAGGACAAUUCAGCUUCUCUCUUUACUUUCUCGGGAAAAAAAUGAUCAACUGUGCAAGAAAAUCCCCCCUUCCUUCCCAGGGUUGCCUAUUUGGCGAUAAAUCAAUCUUCUGAGAAAACCCAGUUUUUGUUCUUUUAUACCCUUUUCAAAGAGCUUCUUUUGUUUUUUUUAAUAAUCAAUGGAAUCAAGAUAGUUCCCCCUCUCUUUUUUCUUCUCCCUUGAAUCCAAGCCUAACCCAGUUUAUUGACUUCAUUUAUUGGGGAAAAAAGCUUUAUUUUCCCCCCUCUUUCAAUGGCUUCAAAAGAAGUAUCAGCGAUGAUAAAACAAGGGUUUAUUUCAGACCCGACACUCUCUUUAUCUUUCUCUCCAUCAAGAACAACUCCCCCAAGGCUCUAUUCCCCUUCCUCUUCUCCUCUACCUCCUCCAGCCGAGCCAACUCGACCGAGUCUCAACAAUCCCACCCUCUUCGAGAUGAUGUCUGAGGAAAACCUUCGUGGUUCCAAAACCAUGGAAGAAUCUCGCAGAAGGACCCAAAGCCGAGUUGCCAAAUUCAUAUCCGAACUCAACGCCUACAGCUUCAAGAACGGGGGGCUGGGACCGAGUGAUGUGAGGCUCACGGUAGUUUCUAGAGAUGGCAAUAGAGUGUCAAUGGAUGUGCACAGGAGAGUUUUGUCUGAGAAGAGUAGGUUCUUUGCCGAUAACUUGAGUCAGAGGAGAGAGAAAGGAGUCUCUCACACAGUGGAAAUCAGUGAAUGUGAUGAUGUCGAGGUUUAUGUGGAAACUGUUGUUUUGAUGUAUUGUGAUGAUUUAAAGAAGAGAUUGAUUGGUGAAAAUGUUACCAAAGUCUUGGCUUUGCUUCAGGUAUCUGCGGCCAUUAUGUUUAAUGCAGGGAUUACUUCUUGUUUGGAAUAUUUGGAAGCUGUCCCGUGGUCCGAGGAUGAAGAGGAAAAGGUUGUGUACCAUCUCAGCCAACUCGAGCUUCAAGGCUCGAUUCCUGAAGUUCUUCAGAGAGUAUCGUCUGAACCAUCUACUUCUGCGAGAUCGGAUGGCAUCCUUUUGAACCUUCUUGGCGGUGUUCUUCAAGCCAAGGAUGAUAAAGCGCGUCGAGAAAUGCAAAAGCUUAUUUCACGGUUGCUUAGAGAAGAUUCGUUGGAUGAGGACAAUCGGUUUGAUGUCUCGAAAGAUACCCUUUAUCAUCUCUGUCACAGAUGUCUUAGCUCACUUGUUCUCUGCUUAUCUGAAGCUAUAGGAGCGGACGGUGGUAAGCGAGACCGAGGGGUUUUAAUGGCUGAAAUAGCUAGAGAAGCCGACAAUUUGCAGUGGAUUGUCGAUAUUCUAAUCGAAAAGAGAAUGGCGAAUGACUUUGUGAAGCUGUGGGCAGAUCAGAGGGAACUUGCAGAGCUUCACUCGAAGAUCCCUACUAUGUACCGGCAUGAAAUCAGUAGAAUCACAGCUCAACUCUGUAUUGCAAUAGGUAGGGGAAGCAUCCUGGUUCCGAAAGAAAGCCGGUUCUCACUGCUGUCGACAUGGCUGGACGCACUUUACGAAGAUUUCGGGUGGAUGAGAAGGUCUUAUAAAUCAGUAGACAAGAAACUAGUGGAAGAUGGGCUGAGUCAGACGAUUCUUACGCUGUCUUUGAGGCAACAACAGAUUAUUUUGAUGAAGUGGUUCGAUCGGUUUCUGAACAAAGGGGAUGACUGUCCAAAUAUACAGAGAGCAUUUGAAGUUUGGUGGAGGAGAGCUUUCAUUAGACAAUGCACCGAUGUGGAGGAUGGUUCACAGUUGCAGAUAACCGUCUGCAGUUAUCCAAGCUCAAACGUGUAGUGUAUUCACAAACUGAUUUUUUCUUGUAAUUUGUCAACCUAUGAUCUCCCCUGUUUUCCUUCUGUUGUGAUCAAAUGAACCCAUUGAGUGGCAUCAGUAUUAUUUAUCGACGAUUUCCCCGGA